GAGGGAGUUGAGGAGAAAGUAUGUAGCUACUGAGCUGACGGACUGGUACUGCCUGGGUUUAAUCAAGGGAAACUUCAGUAGUUUAGAUUAUGUGGGGAAUUGCAAGUUAAAAAAUACCAGUUUUUGUGUACAACCAUUAGCCAUGAAGUUUAUGUCUUUCUGUACGCAAGAGGGUAUUAUGCAGUUUUUAUAGGACCUGUUUUGUCUUCUGGUCCACUUUCCUUUCUUAGCUGUAAUUGCAAGCUGUCUGCCACUCGAACCUACUCCUACGUUGAUAAUAAAGAAAGUACUAGUGGGAGGGUGUCAGAGGUGCCAGUUUGGAGUCUGUCUGUACAGCUGGGGUAACCUUUAACAAGUGCACUGGAGUAUUUGGAUUUACAAUAACCGCUCGCGAAUAUGCGCUGGAUUUUGAUCUUGGAUUGUGUGGUGUUUUCUUUGACCCUCUUUUCCCACUCGAUGGGUUCUGCUCAAGGAUUUGGGGAAGAUGAUGAGAUGCGAUGUGACCCUAUCAGAAUAUCUAUGUGCCAGAAUUUGGGAUACAAUGUCACCAAAAUGCCCAAUUUGGUGGGGCACGAGUUGCAGUCAGACGCGGAGUUACAGCUGACAACUUUUACUCCGUUGAUUCAGUAUGGAUGUUCCAGUCAGCUCCAGUUCUUUCUAUGCUCAGUCUAUGUACCAAUGUGCACGGAGAAGAUCAACAUCCCAAUAGGCCCCUGUGGCAGCAUGUGUCUCUCGGUCAAGAGAAAAUGUGAGCCUGUCUUGAAGGAGUUUGGAUUUGUGUGGCCCGACACUCUCAACUGCAGUCUGUUUCCACCCCAGAACGACCAGAAUCACAUGUGCAUGGAGGGACCAGGGGACGAGGAGACACCUUUUCACACAUCUCUGCAGCCAGAGGAAGAAUGCCACAGUAUGGGGGUCUAUUCGGACCAGUACGUCUGGGUCAAAAGAAGUCUGAACUGUGUUUUGAAGUGCGGCUACGAUGCAGGUCUGUACAACCGAUCGGCUAAAGAAUUCACCGACAUCUGGAUGGCAGUGUGGGCAGUUCUGUGCUUUGUGUCGACCACAUUCACCGUCUUGACCUUCCUGAUUGAUUCCACGAGAUUCUCUUACCCUGAGAGGCCAAUCAUAUUUCUGAGCAUGUGCUACAACAUUUAUAGCAUUGCUUACAUAGUGCGGCUGACAGUGGGGCGGGAGAGGAUAUCCUGCGACUUUGAGGAGGCAGCAGAGCCCGUGCUCAUCCAAGAGGGGUUGAAGAACACAGGAUGCGCAAUCGUUUUCCUGCUCAUGUACUUUUUUGGGAUGGCUAGCUCCAUCUGGUGGGUGAUCCUCACACUGACCUGGUUCCUGGCUGCUGGGCUGAAAUGGGGCCAUGAAGCCAUUGAGAUGCAUAGCUCCUACUUUCACAUCGCCGCCUGGGCUAUCCCGGCUGUAAAGACCAUUGUGAUUUUAAUUAUGAGGCUGGUGGAUGCUAAUGAACUGACGGGGCUGUGCUAUGUCGGAAGCCAGCACAUUGAUGCUCUGACUGGUUUUGUGGUGGCACCCUUGUUCACCUACUUGGUGAUAGGAACCUUAUUCAUAGCUGCUGGCUUGGUGGCCUUGUUCAAAAUCAGGUCCAACCUCCAGAAAGAUGGAGCUAAAACUGAUAAGCUGGAACGACUCAUGGUCAAAAUCGGUGUGUUCUCAGUUCUAUACACAGUACCGGCCACUUGUGUUAUAGCCUGCUACUUCUAUGAGAUAUCGAACUGGAAUGUUUUCAGGUACUCCGCAGAGGACUCCAACAUGGCAGUGGAGAUGUUAAAGAUUUUCAUGUCUCUGCUGGUAGGCAUCACCUCAGGCAUGUGGAUUUGGUCUGCCAAGACCCUCCACACGUGGCAGAAAUGCUCCAACAGGCUAGUGACCUCUGGGAGGACAAAACGAGACAAAAGGACAGAUGGCUGGGUCAAACCAGGAAAGGGAAAUGAGACAGUGGUAUGAGCUCCGAACCCACCAACAGUCUUCUGUGUGAGGUGUAACAAAAGCUGUGACCUGACAGAUAGUUAGAUCAAAGUGGGAUGGCAUGAAGCACUCUGUGUAAAAGGACAAAGGCCACCCAGGAUGAUUGUUCAGAAGAAAAGUACUGUAUCAUACCAAAAAAAUAAACAACUAAUAAACACAAGUUGAUGCCUUUACUGGUACAAUACAGUCAAAGCCUAGGAGAGGUAAUGAUGGCCCUCCUUGCCAAGCCAAGAACUCUGAGCUGCUUGAAGAGACGGCUCUUCUAUUAUUUUUUUAAUCCUCAUCAUUUCAGUUAAGCUGUGCAUCGUGCUGUAAAGAACUAGUUUAGUUGUAUUUGUGAAUGGCUGAAACACUGUGUGUCAAACUGUGGAUAGCCUUAACAGCAAAUGACUGCCUGUUUAUGUAGCAGUUCUGUUUUGAUAUGCAUUUUUGUUUUACCUUUUUAAAAAAAAAUUACACUGGACUGCAUGUAACCACAUGAAAUGCACUGUAAAGAGAUGGUGGUGCCUUAAUCAACAUAAGGGUGGAUUCAAUUAAAGAAACAUUCAGGGCAUUUCAUGACCUGCAUUAUUAAUUUGCUAUCAUCAAGUCCAAUUUUCUGGAGACUAUGAAUUUUGUAGUCAGUUAACAUUUUUAAAGGUUUUUUCCCUUUUAAUUGGAGCCCAUUUAAAAAUGCUACUAUCAUCGGAGGUCAUUUCCUGUGUUCUGGGUGUUUGACCUCAUGUAGUUUCCUGUGGGUAAGGCCUAUUACCUGUAACCCAGGAAGUGAAAACAAAUCUGGAAAACAAAAGAAUUAACAGAAAAACAUAUCAUUGUGCUCAUUAAUUAGUUUUACACCUAGCAGUGCCUGGAUAGUUCUGUACUUUUUGAUUGAAUCCAGAGUAGUCAUUUGGACACUAAAUAAGCUCACACUUUGAAUCCUUAUUGUUUAAGUUCGUUCAUCGGUAGCCUCAAACUGUUUUGUGGAUUUAUGUUUCUGAUUUGGUUAAAAUCAACCGAACCCUACACAGCCUUUUGUGUUUUCCUAAGCAGAGUGAGCUCUGCAUUUUAGAGCAGAAAAGUAAAAACACAUGUGUUUUAGCUUCCAGCUUGGUUUGUGUCCUUUAAUAUAAUUGGAGUAUGUGCCCCACAACCUCUCACUUAACUCUGAACAAGUCAGUAUCUUUCUUAAAAACAGACUCAUUCUAUUCGGAAGGAAAUUUUAUCUGUUGGUGUUCUUGCUGUAAUACAAUGUAUGUAUUGUAUGAACCCACAAAUACCACAGACAAUGACCUUUUCUCAUCUAAUGAGUAUUUGCAGGCACAUUAACAAAGACUGGUAGGAUUGUACUAUUAAGACAUCCUUUCUAUGAGCUGGUUGAAGCUAGCUGCAGCUGGUGGGACAGUGCUUUAUAAUAUUUAUUGCCAGAGCUGUCGCCUUUUGAAUGUAGAAUACUAAGAAUACAUAUGUACACAGAAAGAAAAGUAUAGGUACUUACAAUGCCUAGCAAUGUCAACCAGGAGACUAUGAAGUACUAGGAAAUAUUUUUUAAAAGUGAUGUAUAAAGAAUG